AUGUUUUUGCAAUCUAAUAAAUCUUCGUGCUUAGAUUUAUUGCUAGAAAAAUUUUUUAAAUUGCAUUUGAUGGGAGAAAUUUUAACCCAUUUUGGAUUAUUAACGCAGGGUUUGAAUCGUGUUGAAUCAAUGGGAUCUCUGGGACAUCGAACAAUAUUAACAUUCAUCGAAAAUGAAGAUCUCGGUGGUUUGAAGAAUUUCCUUGAUUCGCGGCAAAUACAAGCAGAUGAACGUGACGAUAAUGGAACGACCGCUUUAAUGAUAGCAUCGUCGAAGGGCCUCACACCUUUUGUUCGCGAAUUGCUAAGUCAUGGAGCUGAAGUUAAUGCAGAAGACAACGAUAAUUGGACAGCAUUGAUUUGUGCCACAAAAGCUGGACAUUUGGAAGUUGUGGAGAAUCUCGUUGAAAACGGAGCUGACAUAGAACACAAGGAAAUGGGAAAUUGGACGGCAAUCUGUUGGGCAUGCUACAAAGGCCAUACAAACAUUGUCUCUUUCCUUCUCGACAAUAAUGCUGACAUCCACGUAAAUGGCAAUUAUCAUCUGUCACCAUUGAUUUGGACUUGCGGUCGUGGUUACACGGAAAUCGUUCAAAUGCUUAUUGAACAUGGAGCAAAAGUAAAUGUUGGUGAUAAAUAUGGAACAACAGCUUUAGUGUGGGCAUGUCGGAAAGGAAACGCUGAGAUUGUUGACAUGCUUUUGAAAGCUGGUGCUAAUGUUGACACUGCUGGAAUGUAUUCUUGGACGCCACUUCUUGUCGCUGCAGCUGGUGGACAUCAAGAAGUUGUAGCUAUGAUUUUAGAACGUAAGCCAAAUGUCAAUAGUUUGGAUAAAGAUGGAUCAACCGCACUUUCAAUCGCAUGCAAAGAAGGCUUUCAAGAAAUUGCAUCGUCAUUAAUUGCAGCUGGAGCUUAUCUCAACAGUCAAGAUCGAAAUGGCGACACGCCGUUGAUGAAUGCAGUGAAGGGAGGUCAUCGUGGAAUAGUUGAAGCGCUUCUUAAACGACAUGCUGACAUUGAUUUGCAAGGAAAAGAUAAGAAAACAGCGCUUUACAUGGCAGUUGAGAAAGGACAUGCUUCGAUUGUAAAGAUUCUUCUUGCUGCAAAUCCCGACGUUGAACUUUCAACGAAGGAUGGUGAAACGCCUUUAAAUCGCGCUGUUCGAAAUCGAAAUCUUGAAAUCGUUCAAAUGCUAUUGGAAAAGAAAGCGAAAGUUGGUGCAGUUGAUCGUCGUGGUGACACAUGCCUGCACAUUGCAAUGCGUGCACGUUCGAAAGGAAUUGUCGAAGCUUUGUUGAGGAAUCCGAAGAACAGUCAAUUAUUAUAUCGUGCAAAUAAAGCUGGUGAGACUCCUUACGCACUUGACGCAUUACAUCAGAAAACAAUUCUUGGACAAGUUUUUGGUGCAAGGAAAUUAAACACAAAUGAAGAUUCUGAAGGAAUGCUAGGAUACGAACUUUAUUCUUCAGCCUUAGCCGACGUGCUUUCAGAGCCAACACUAACAACGCCAAUUUCUGUUGGAUUAUUUGCUAAAUGGGGAAGUGGAAAAAGUUUUCUUCUUGGAAAGCUUCGUGAAGAAAUGUCAAGUUUUUGGUCAAACGAAUCACGAGUUAAAGUUUAUUGGCUGGCUGUGUUGAUUGCAAUUCAUUUGGCGGUAUUUUUAGGCGUGAUUGUUGGUGUAUCGACAAAUUCAUUCCUUUGGGCUUCAGUAGCUGCUGGUUCACUUCUUAUCGUCAUCUACGCUGUGUCGUUAACAAUAAAAUUCUUCAGCAGACGUUACAACUCUGAUUGGUCAUACAGCUUACAACAUUCAAUGCAUAAGAAGUUUGGGAAGUUUCGUUUAAUACUUCAAGUUGCUUUUUGUCAUCCACCAGGCCCAAACUAUUCCCAACAAUCAAAUCUUCAGACAAAGCCGGUUCAUUUUCAUUUCGCUGAGACGAAUAGUGCAGCACCAAGUGGUGAAUAUGCGAUUGGAUACAUGAUUGCAUCACUUUUCACAGCAAUUGAAAAUCAUUACGGUUCAAUUCCAACUCGCCUUUAUCGAGCUUUUAAACCGAAACCACUUAAGCCAUCAUCGAAUUGGAAGUUGAGGAAAAUGUGUUGCUUGCCAUUGUUUCUGUUAUUUGAAAUCUUCAUUUUUGCUGCCAUUGCUGGCUUCACAUUGUUGUUCUUAUUAUUGUCAGAGAAGGGAGAAGAUUCACAAAAGACACUCGAAAUAGCAGUUUAUGUAUUAGGCGGUGUCUUAAUUGCUGGAGCAUUUAUGAAUGUCAAUGCUUUUAUGAAAGUUUCUCACACGAUUUUCUUCUCUCAAGCGCGAUACUUAAAGAAGAUCAUGAAAUCGAAUGAAGGUUUAACUGCUUUGGGUGCUGAAGUUUUGAUGCUUUCUGAUAUGGUGAAGUGUUUGGAUGCUUUUACUGGACAACAAAGUCGUCUUGUUGGUGUCAUUGACACAUUGGAUUCAUGCGACACUGAAAGAACUUUAAGUGUGUUGAAUGCAAUUCAAACACUUUUAAUGACACCAAAUCGUCCAUUUGUGUUGUUGAUUGCUGUUGAUCCACAUGUGAUUGCAAAAGCAGCUGAAGCGAACAGCAAAAGACUUUUUACUGAAGGUGGAAUUGGUGGUCAUGAUUUCUUACGUAAUUUGGUUCAUCUUCCAGUUUACUUGCAAAAUUCUGGACUUAGGAAAGUUCAACGAGCACAAAACACGGCGAUGGCUUAUAAAAGAAGUUUUCCGGAACAUCAGUUUGAGUUGGAACCGUCUGGUGGUAAUACUGGUGGCAGCAUUGGAUAUUCAGCAUCAAAUAGAAGACUUUCGAAUGCUUCUGAAAUUAUGUCAAGUAAUGAGAAACUUCGUGCACCGCCCCCAUCAAGAGGAUCAAAGAAGCUUAAACUUUCUGAAUCGAUUGCAAGUUCGAUUGGAAGCAACAUUCAUAAACUUGGUGGCGGUCAAUUUGAGUUUUCAAAAGUUAUGUUAACUGAUGAUUACUUUAGUGAUGUGAAUCCGAGAAGCAUGCGACGCUUAAUGAACGUAAUUUACAUCACUGUUCGACUACUUAAAGCAUUUCAAAUCGACUUUAGUUGGUAUCGAUUAAGUUCAUGGGUUAAUUUAACAGAACAAUGGCCAUUGAGAGCUUCAAUGAUUGUUUUAGAACAUGAUCGAUCUGGUGAGAGUUUAGAAGAGUCUGUUUCACUACAAUCGUUGUAUGAAAAAGUUCGUCCGAAACUUUCAUGCUUAAGAGAAGCAGCUCCUUUGUUGGAUUUAGAUCGAGACGAACGUAAAUUGGAUGCUUUUCUUCAACUUCACAAAACUGAUUUGUUGGUUUGUGAUUUGAGAAUUUUUCUACCUUUUACCAUCAAUCUCGAUCCUUAUUUGAGAAAAGUUUUGAAGGAGGAUCAACAAACAAUCGAAGAUGAAGGAAUUGUGGUUCCAAUGAAACCAAAUGCACCUUCCAUAACUCCAAACGUGAUGAAUAAUUUGAAUAAUUCCUUUGGACGAAAUAACUUUUAUCAAUCAAUUCCGAAUUUUCCACGAACUAUUACAAUGCCAAUGCCAAUUUAUCCGACAGCCGUUGGAAAUUCACCACUUGGUUUAAUGAAUUUUUAUACUACACCGCAAAAUCAGAUAAAUUCAAUUGCUGAACAAGAAGUUAAAGUAAAUCAGCAGGAGGAAAAGCAAUUUCCAAUUGACAUUGAUUUGUCACAAACGAGACUGUCUAAAAUGGAUUGUGAGGAUUUUAUCGGUUUACUCGGACAAGUGAAUGAACUUAAAGGCGCAAUUGAGAAACUUGCACCAAUUUUAAGAGAAAAUGCUAUAACUGGCCGAGUAUUGCUUUAUUGUGAACUUAAUGAAUUGAAAUCUGUUUUAAACUUAAACUUUGGUAAUUGGCAAAUUUUUAAACUUCUCGUUUUGAGUUUAAGAGACAUUGAAAAUAAAGCAAAGAAUUCUGCGCAUGAUAAGCACGAAACAACAGUUGAUGGUCCCAGCAAUAGUGGACAACAACAGCAGCAGCAGCAACAACAGCACCCACCGCCACUCAGCCGAUUGAAGCAAAAAAGCGUUAUAGAAAAGCAGGUGACACUUGAAGAACAAAUGAUUUGUGGAGCACUUCAAACACUUAACGAAGAUGCAUUUGAAGAUGUUGCGAUUAGCGAACGACCAAGUCCAACAGGUGAGCUCGUUAUUCAACAAUAUUCUUUGGCGCCUAUUUCUGAGGAGCUUGGGUCACCGACUCAUUCGCGAAAUUGUAUAACAUUUGAUAAUAACAAUUCUAAUCACAUAUUUAAUUCUAAUAAUAACCAAGUUGAUGAUCCAAAUCAAAGUUCAACUGUUAUUUAUAUACCGAAUUACACUCCGUCAAUCGAUGACACUCAAUUAAUAUUAACGCUGAUCAAAGAUGAAGAACGAGAACAAGAACACUAG